AUGACUGUUGAGCAGAAAAUUGAUGAGAAUAACGAUCAGUUUCCAGUGGGUAUUCGAGUUCUGGCCGUAGACGAUAACCCAAUUUGCCUCGCGCUGUUGGAGACUUUGCUUCGUAAAUGCCAAUACCAUGUUACAACCACCAGUCAACCGAUUAUGGCGCUCAAAAUGUUGCAACAAAGAAAGAAUGAUUUUGAUUUAGUUAUCAGUGAUGUUGAUAUGCCAGACAUAGAUGGUUUUAAGCUACUGGAGCUUGUGGGGCUUGAGAUGGAUUUGCCUUUCAUAAUGUUAUCUGGCCAUGGCAAUACCGAGUUUGUGAUGAAGGGAAUUAUGCAUGGAGCUUGUGAUUAUUUGCUGAAACCAGUCCGGAUAGAGGAGCUAAAGCUCAUCUGGAAACAUAUCGUUUGGAGGAAGAAGAUUGAUUUUAAGGACCGUAUAACUUUUAACAAGCCUCAAUGUGAGUCUGGUAAAGUAGGAGAAGGAUUCCCUGGAACCAGGAAUGUUGAUCAGAAUGAAAAGCUUAAUAGGAAAAGGAAGGACCAGAGUGUUGAUGAGAAUGAAGACCGUGAUGAGGAUCCACCAAGUCAGAAGAAACCUCGAGUUGUUUGGUCUGAGGAGCUGCGUCACAAAUUUGUUGCAGCUGUAAAUCAGUUGGGGGGCAUUGACAGUAAGUUCUUCCCUGACCAUACGCCCAGAGUUUGCGCAUUUUUUUAG